AUGAGAUUCGAGAUUGUUACAGAAAAAAAUAAUUGUAAUAAAUUGAUAAAUUUAUCAACUCCUUGGGCUGAAAAUUAUGGUUAUCCUUUUCAUUUGUCGAUAAAGUGCUAUGAUAGUGUUCUAGUAAAAGAUAUUGGUAUUACAUGUGAUUUAUGGAAAUUGGAAGAAGAGAAAAUUAAUCGAGAGGAUUCAGAAGAGAAAUUAAUCAUUCCAGAACAGAAGAAAUCCAACUCUUUAAUCACUCAGAAAUUAAAUGCUUACACAAGAAAUUUUUUUGAUAUUAUUUCAAUGAAAAUAACAAAAAUACUUAAUCAGUCAGAGCAAGUUGAAAAUGAUGAUAGGUUGAAUAAAAUUGUUGUUGCAACAGAAUACAUUGAUUCAGAAGGUAGGCCGUGUUUAAGAUUGAGGUUGAAGUGUAUAAGAAAACAAUCAGAAGAAUCUAUAAAAACUUCUAUUACUCCAAAAAAGAAUAAAACAGAAACACAAAAUCGUAGUAAAUCAAAAUUGAAAAUUUUCUUCUUAGAAAUACAAACUAAUAAUAAAAGAAAAUCGUCCCUUUCAAGUAUUCCGUCGUUACUUAACAAUUUAACAAAAUCUAAACAUUUAAAGAAAGAAAUUAAAAUUACUCACGAAAGCAUAAAUGAAAAUAAUUUUAAUUCAUAUGAUGAUAAUGAAACAAAAUUGCCGAGAAAUAGAAUUAUUGCGACAUCAAAUUAUCGCAAACAAGUAGAAAUAUUACAUUCAUCAUAUUCACCUCGUUAAAAUUAUAAUCAUUGAAUA